CCGAAAACAGCCCGACUGAUAAGACAGGUAUAUGGUUUUGACUGUCGACGUUUAUGUUCGGUAAUUAGACAUCAUUUAGAAUUUUUCCGAAAUGCGAACUGUUGCCGUAAUAGGGGCUGGAGCCAGUGGAAUUGCAGCCAUCAAAUGCUGUCUAGAUGAGGGGCUUGAGCCUACUUGCUUCGAAAGGACGGACGAUAUCGGAGGACUAUGGAACUACACGGAGUCUGUGAGAUCCGGUCAAGCAUGCGUGAUGAAGUCAACUGUGAUUAACACUAGCAAGGAGAUGAUGGCGUACAGUGACUUCCCCAUACCGAACGAGUAUCCUUUGUUCCUUCAUAACACUCACGUUAAACGUUAUUUUGACACGUAUGUUGACCACUUCAACCUGAAGAAAUAUAUACGGUUCCAAACGGAGGUAUUGAAGAUCAAGCCUACAGACGACUUUACAAAAACAGGACAGUGGGAUAUAAAAAUAAAUGACAAGAAAGCUGGCAAGGAAGAGGAAACAGUGUUCGACGCCGUCCUUGUCUGCACAGGCCACCAUGCUUACGAAAAUAUGCCUGAUUUUCCCGGUCUGAAGGAGUUCCAGGGCAAGGUCAUCCACUCGCAUACGUACAAGAACACCCAUGGAUAUGAAGGAAAGUCCGUUGUCGUAAUAGGCAUUGGCAACUCUGGAGGAGACGCCGCCGUGGAGCUCAGUCGGGUGGCAUCCCAGGUAUACCUUUCCACCAGGAGGGGAAGCUGGGUGUUUUCACGUACGGGAGGAUCGGGACUGCCAGUUGAUAUGAUUAUCGUACAGAGAUGGUUGGACACCUUGCUUAAUGCACUUCCAGCCAAUUUCGUCAACUGGAUGGCGAAGAAGUGGUUAAACAAAAGAAUCGACCACAAAGCGUACGCCCUUGAACCCGAACACAAUCCACUGGCCCAGCAUCCAACAGCCAAUGACGAACUUCCGAACCGAAUAUCCUGCGGAUCCAUCGUUAUCAAACCUAACAUCAAACGCUUCACGCGCACUGGCGUGAUAUUUGAUGACGAAACCAAAGUGGAAAACCUUGAUCACGUGAUACUUGCGACAGGCUACGUGUUUGGAUUUCCUUUCAUCGAUAAAUCUGUAUUGGAUGUGAAGGAUAACCAGAUUCAGAUGUACAAGUAUAUGUUCCCUCCCGAUCAGGUCAAACAUACACUGGCUGUGAUUGGCUGCUUCCAACCAGUCGGAGCUCUUAUGCCAAUUUCAGAGAUGCAAUGUCGGUUAGCCACACGUGUUUUCAAAGGUGAAGUCAUAUUGCCAUCUAUGGAAGAGAUGAGGAAUGAUAUCAAGAUGAUACAAGACAUAAUGGCGUCCCGUUACGUCAAGUCACAGCGUCACACAAUUCAGGUGGAUUUCAUCAACUACAUGGACCAGUUGGCCACUGUUAAUGGCAACAAGCCAAACUUCCUGAAAUUGAUGGUGACCGACCCCGUCCUGGCGUAUACGUGUUUCUUCGGUCCAUGUUCACCCUAUCAGUACCGCCUUCAGGGCUCCAGGACCUGGCCUGGAGCUCGUAAAGCCAUCAUGGCUCAGUGGGACAACGCCAUAUCCUCUCUUAAGACACGACAAGUCAAGAGCAAGCAAGAAAGCUCGGGGAUCAUGAUGUAUAUUUUCAUGUUCGCGGUGUUGAUAGUGGCUUACUUGUUCCGACAUCUGUUUGUAUAAAGAUUGAUGGAGUCAUGUUUGUUUUACAUCAAACAAUAUGCCACUUAAUUUCUGACUAAUGGUUUCGUGAUUCGUCUCCAAACUGAUACAAGGUUUAUAUGAUAAAAAAAUAAAAAGAGAAUUGCUUAUAACAUGUUAUACGCUAUGUGCAUUGUAAGCUGUAGAUACUACGCGUUACAUGAAACAGACACUGGAUGACAAUUUAACCGAUCACAAUACAUCGCACACAAUGAAGUUUUCUUAAAUAGUACCAAGGCAUGCUUUGUAGUAUUAUCCAUUAGUUUUACAACUUAACGUAAUAGAUGCUUAAAUAGUUGUUGGCAAACCAUUUUUGUCUCCCAGAGUGUGUGUGAUUUGGUUAUAUGGUUUGAUAUGCUUGUAAGUAAUCCAUUUUGUAAAAAUAAAAAAGAAGGUGAAGGCAACAUAACUAACCCUGCAAAAAUCUAAGGAUACACCUUAGAUACUGUAUUCUGUGUGAAUCUUAUAGUUUAUAUAAAGUAAGCUUUAUAAACAGAUGCAUAUUUGGCAAUCAGUUUGAGUUAUUAUAAUUGGUUUUAAUUAACAACUUUCGCAUAGGUCAAUGAUUAUAUAACGAUAUUUAAUAUAAUGUCAACAUUUCAAAUAUCGCUUGAAAUACCUUAAAUUCUGAUCAAUUAAACUCGAUAAAUAAGUGUUAAUAUUCAAUAAACAGUCUUAAUAACAUA